AUGUUUGAUAUAAAGGCUUGGGCUGCGUAUGUUGCGGAAUGGGCUGCAAAGGACCCAUAUGGCUUCCUUACAACAGUUAUUUUGGCCCUAUCGCCAUUGUUUCUAGCUAGUGCUACACUGUCUUGGAAAUUGGCCAAGAUGAUUGAGGCCAGGAAAAAGGACCAAGAGAAGAAACAAAAACAUCAAGAAAAUAUUGCAAAAGCUAAACAACUAAAAAAGGAUUGA